CAUAUGUCAAGACAGGGCUGCUAGCCUUUGAAACAUUCAUAUUUAUGCACGUUUUGCUUUUGAGCUACAUAAUCAGCUAAAUGAACAUGCCCGCAUAUUGUUAAAAUUACAGGCCUAACGUUACUUAUGUGGCAUCUCAUACAUGAUUUGUUCCUUGCUAGCUAGUUCAAUUCAAAUUCUGGCUAAAUUCAAAUGAAAGGUCUCAGUGAGAUUCUGUGAGCGUCCAGUAUGAAUUGUACACACAUUGAACACAUUUCGGUGGAGUGGAUAUGCCUGCAGAUAAAAGAGACGAUAUUAACUUACUGAUUGAUGGCAAGUCAGAAAAAGGAAACCAGCUGUGCACAAAUACGUUCCUGUACCUGAAGUUCCUGGUAGUGUGGGUGUUGGUUCUCUUGGCUGACUUUGUGUUGGAGUUCAGGUUUGAGUACCUGUGGCCCUUCUGGCUUUUCAUUCGAAGUGUCUACGACUCCUUCAGAUAUCAAGGACUGGCAUUCUCAGUCUUCUUCGUAUGUGUGGCGUUUACAUCAGACAUCAUCUGCCUCCUCUUCAUCCCCGUCCAAUGGCUGUUUUUCGCUGCCAGCACCUACGUAUGGGUCCAGUAUGUCUGGCACACAGAGAGAGGAGUCUGUCUUCCUACUGUAUCGCUGUGGAUCCUCUUUGUGUACAUCGAAGCUGCCAUCCGCUUCAAAGAUCUGAAGAACUUUCAUGUAGACCUGUGCCGACCUUUUGCUGCUCACUGUAUCGGCUAUCCAGUGGUGACUCUGGGCUUCGGCUUUAAGAGCUACGUCAGCUACAAGAUGCGACUGAGGAAACAGAAAGAAGUGCAAAAGGAGAAUGAAUUCUACAUGCAGCUUCUACAACAGGCUCUACCACCAGAGCAACAGAUGCUGCAGAGACAGGAGAGGGAGGCAGAGGAGGCUGCUUUAGCUAAAGGGAUCUCAGAGGUCGAACCCUCAGUAAUAUCCCAAAACGGAGCGCCUCCUGGCAAGAAAAGCACUUCAGUCCCGUUACCAGAACUGGAGUACCGGGAAAAAGGGAAGGACAGUACCGCGAAAGAGCGCGAGGGCAAAAAACAAAACACAAUCGGAAUCAAUAACAACAGUAUUAUACACGCACUGGACUCCAAACUACAGGAGACAGAGUAUAUUGAGAACUACGUCGGGACAAAGAGACUGAAUAACGACCUGGCAGGAGAAAACACACACGCCGAUACCAACACACACUCUGCUUCUAAAGAGGAAAUGGGGGGAACGGGAAAGAACUACAAAAAUGCCAGCGGAGGUGGUGGCAACAUUUCCAACUCAUCUCCGCGCAAUCACAGUUCCACAAACGGGAGCGUCCCGCCAGGUUCCUCAAGCAGUAAGAAUGAGAAAAAGCAGAAGGGGGCAGGGAAGGGUCAGAAGGACCCAGUGGAGAACUGCAUCCCCAACAACCAGCUGGGCAAGCCGGACGCUUUAGUACGGCUGGAGCAGGACGUGAAGCGUCUGAAGGCAGAUCUUCAGGCUAACAGACAGUUGGAGUCAGAGUUGCGGAGUCAGCUUUCUUCUCUGAGCAGCCAGGACCGCAGCCUUCGCUCUGAACUGGGCCAGCUCCGCCAGGACAACGAGCUGCUACAGAACAAGCUCCACAGUGCCGUCCAGGCCAAGCAGAAGGAUAAGCAGACCAUCUCCCAGCUGGAGAAGAGGCUAAAGGCUGAGCAGGAGGCUCGGGCCUUGGCUGAGAAACAGCUGGCUGAGGAGAGGAAGAGGAAGAAGAUGGAGGAGGCCACUGCUGCCAGAGCCGUAGCUUUAGCUGCUGCCACAAGAGUGGAGUCCACUGAUUCCCUGCGUGGUCGUAUCAGAGAGCUGGAGACAGAGUGCAAGAAGCUCAGCAUGGACAUGAAACUUAAGGAGGAACAGAUUAGGGAUCUAGAGGGCAAGUGUCAGGAGCUGCGGAAAUAUAAAGAAAACGAGAAGGACACAGAGGUGUUGAUGUCUGCGCUGUCAGCCAUGCAGGAGAAGACACAGCACCUGGAGAACAGCCUGAGUGCCGAGACCAGGAUCAAACUGGACCUCUUCUCUGCACUGGGGGACGCCAAGAGGCAGCUGGAGAUAGCACAAGGCCAGAUCCACCAGAGGGAGCAGGAGAUCGCAGAGCUGAAGCAGAAGAUAGCAGAGGUGAUGGCAGUGAUGCCCAGUCUGUCCUACUCGUCAGACGGCAGCAACCUCAGCCCCGUCACCCCACAUUACUCCUCCAAGUUCAUGGACAAUAGUCCCUCCUCCCUGGACCCCAACGCCUCAGUCUACCAGCCCCUCAAAAAGUGACUCUGACAUCCACACUUUCGUCAGACAGAACUUUUUUUCGUUGUUUCGGUGAAGCUCUCGGUUCCGGUUUGGGUUAUUUUGAGUUUACCAGCCCCUGACAGUUUUUGCACUCUUAAUGAAACACAUACA